GUAGCCUGUUUAUGAACCGAGGCAGAGCCACGAGUUUAAACGACAGCUUCUCGUUUGUCAGUUGCACUCUUCACCACACUAAUUUGUACAUUUUUUUGCCUAAAAGGUGCACUCUUUAGGGUCAGACGACUCAGAGAAUAGUUUCGCUCGAUUUAUCUGGAGAAGAGCUUUGUGGAGAUACUAAUUUCACCGACUAUGAGAUGACAGCUGUAACUGAGCAUCAAACUCAUGCACCCGAGCUUGCUAUUGAAUACACUAAUGCACCCAAUGAAACUGUAAAUAAUACUGAAGAACCAGCUGGACUGGGCGCCAACUCUCGUUAUAAAACAAUUCCAGGAAUCGUGCUUAAUGAAGCCAGUGAAAACGGUGAGGAGCGAAGGGACUCCAUGGCAUCGGUCACUACGGCUCCUGAAGAACCGCUACCCCAUGAAGAUCGUCCGAACAACCAUUUGUCUGUCGAUCCAAAUCAGUAUACGCCUCAUCGUAAAGGCCAUUCACGGUUUGCAUCCUCAGACAGGAGUUUCAGCAACCUUCCACAGCGUGCCAAGGCCAGCGGUAAACAACUAUGGGCACAAUUAAUGAAUGCGUUCAGGAAGAUGAAGAAGGAGAAUGAAGAAGUUUCUGUAACUGAUAUUCCUAUUACAAGAAUCUUCGAGAGUGGCACGCCUGCUGCUCUAUUCCCUGCUCUUUUCUUCCUGCAUAAUCAGUCGGGCGAAAGUGCCAUGCCAAUGUUGAUGGACCUGGUCAAGAUUCGUGUCCUCGACGUUGAACCUAAUCACAAGCGUAUUCAUACACUUUUUACUGUCCAGGUACAAUACGGCUCUGGUCCUAAAGCCAUUCGCUGGCUCAUUCAUAGAGAACUGCUUGAUUUUCUUUCACUCCACUCUCAUUUCCUCUUUCUCGAAUUCAGUCAUCAUUUUUACGGCAAGCGUUUUAAAUUGCCAAAGUUUCCAAAGGAAGCACUUCCUUAUCUACGAAAGCUGAGGGGCUUUAAUUAUUUGUUAUUUAACAAGGAUCAUAAUGGCCAGUUGGCAGACGAUGUUCGAUCGAUGUCCAACAUUUCCGUCUCCGGCUCCUCUAUUUCUAGUCGAUCUGGGAAGUCUCAUGCACAUCAACGCUCAUUAUCUGCCUAUUGGAUUUCUCAACGAAUGCAUCUUGAGCGUUAUUUGCAAGAGAUGUGUUCUGCUCUGCAAUUUCUUCCAGAAUUAAACAUUUAUAAUACCUUCUUGGAGCUUAGUAUGUUUGGUCUGCGCUUGGCUGGUGACGGAAAUUUCCAUGGUAAAGAGGGCUAUGCUUAUCUAAAGAAGAACUUUAGUCCAGCACAGUCAAUUCUUUGCUGCAAUGGGCCUACAAUGAAGUCACGGCCAAAACCAUUUUGGAUUAUAGUCUCUCAAAGUUACAUAGUCUUUACAGACAGCCCAUUGAGUCUUGAACCUUUGGAUGUGUUCAUUUGGGACGCUGAUUUUGAAAUUACGCAGAAGGAUUUCCGCUCGAAACACUCAAAGGAUGUUAAUCGUGCAACUUUGUACAACUCUACGCAUAAUUUUAAGAUGAAAAAUCGUGAAAGAGUUAUGAAGCUUGAAGUACGAAAUCAUCGCUGGUUGAAGCAAUUUAUGAACAGUAUUCAGGUUGCUCAGGGCUUGAGUUCGUGGUGUGAAUUGCAACGCUUUGACAGUUAUGCACCCGUCCGUACAAAUGUUGCUGCUCAAUGGCUAGUGGAUGGACGUGAUCACGCUUGGAACAUCAGUCGAGCAAUCAUGAACGCAAAGGAAUGUAUCUAUAUUCAUGACUGGUGGCUCAGUCCUGAAUUAUAUAUGAGAAGACCCGUGCCGUUGGCAACGGCUUUUCGCCUUGAUCGGCUUAUUCAAAAGAAAGCUGAAGAAGGUGUAAUGGUCUAUGUUAUGAUAUACCGAAACAUUGAUGCAACGGUGCCUAUCGACUCUUUCCACACAAAGGCACACUUGCAGCUACUUCAUCCAAACAUUUAUGUAAUUCGUUCUCCUUCACAUCUUCGACAAAGCACUCUCUUCUGGGCACAUCACGAAAAGUUGCUUGUCAUUGAUAAUAUCAUUACCUUCAUAGGAGGUAUUGACUUGUGUUUUGGUCGUUAUGACACAUCCCAACACAUUUUGCGUGAUGAUAAGAAUUUUGGUUUCGAUGGUGAGAGUGAUUCACAACGUACCUUGGAUAAUGCCUUUACGUGUCAGACUUGGCCUGGAAAAGAUUAUUCUAAUCCUCGUAUCCACGAUUUCUUUGACUUGACUCAUCCCUACAAGACAAUGUACGACCGUAACGAAAUUACUCGUAUGGGAUGGCACGAUGUUUCUAUGUGUAUUCUUGGCCAGCCGGCUCGAGACGCCGCCCGACACUUCGUACAACGCUGGAACUAUUUAAUUCGCUGCAAACGUCCGGCUCGUAAGACUCCUCUGCUCAUUCCUCCUCCGGAUUUCACAAAGUAUGAGCUGCAAAACCUGCAGCUUACAGGCACUUGUGAGGUUCAAGUUCUUCGUUCAGCAGGUCUUUGGUCGCUUGGUUUGGUGGAUACCAUCGAAACAAGCAUUCAGAAUGCGUAUGUUAGUCUCAUUGAAAACAGUGAGCACUUCAUCUACAUUGAAAAUCAGUUCUUUGUUACUUCCACCGUGUGCGAGGGAACUAUUGUCGAGAAUCGUAUUGGUGACGCUCUUGUCGAACGAAUUAUCCGAGCGGAGAAAAACAAGGAAAAAUGGAGAGCCGUGGUGAUUAUUCCCUUGCUUCCUGGAUUUGAAGGUGAAAUCAGUCAAAACGAGGGCAGUAGUCUUCGUUUGAUUGUGGAAUGUCAAUACAAGAGUAUAUGUCGUGGCGAUACAUCCAUAUAUGGACGACUGAAGAAGUGCGGAAUUGAUGGCAGCAAGUAUCUUCGUUUCUAUGGUUUACGAGGAUGGACACAUAACGGACCACAUGAUUUGCUGUAUACUGAGCUUGUUUAUGUUCACGGAAAGGUUAUGAUUGCUGACGACCGAGUUGCAGUCAUUGGUUCUGCAAACAUCAACGAACGUUCUUUGCUUGGUAACCGAGACUCCGAAAUCGCAGCUGUUGUUCGAGAUACUUUGAUGGAAGAUUCUUUGAUGGAUGGCAAGCCAUACAAGGUCGGUAAGUUUGCACAUCGACUUAGAAUCAGAUUGAUGAGAGAACAUCUCGGUAUUGAAACAGACGUGCUUGAGCAGCGAGAGUAUAAUAUGGAUGGAUUAGAUCGCGACACCGUUGACAAACGCAUGCAAGUCUGGAAUCCUCAAGCCGAUAAAGGUAUAGGUGGAUCCAUGUUUUCGGCGGAAGAGUUGGAACUCAGAUACCGUUCGCAAAUGGAGUUUCAAAACUCUGAGGAACUCGUUAAAAGGGAUUCUAGAGUACGGGAAACAUUGGAUAGACGUGUUCGUAUCAAGAAGUUGCAACCAGCUAAGAACAAGCCAAACACGAAUGAGUAUAGAAGGGAGAAAGAGACGGCGUGUCUUGAUGCUAAUGCACUUGUUGGUGGUAUUCCACCCUGCAUGCGCAGGAAGAUUAGAAAUCAGUUUGACUUUUCUAAGUUCCCAGGCUCGGGAGAAGAUCAAAGACCUCUUUUACUUAAGGAUCCAGAGCACCCUGUUCCUGAACCUAGUCGUCCUCAUUGUGGACUUGGUUUGGCCUACGAAGAUACGGACAAGUACAUGGAGUUUAAUCCUUUCACCAAGAAGGAAAUUCCAAAAUUCACUGCGGAUUCUUUUACUGAUCCCGUAAGCGAGGAGUUUUUUGAAAACACGUGGUGUGCUAUCGCUGAAAGCAAUACUGUACUUUACAGAAAUGUGUUCCGCUGUAUGCCUGACGAUUGCGUGAAGACGUGGGACGAGUAUCACGAAUGGAGAUCUUACAUACGUCGAUUCCCUGAAGCUCAAAUGGGUUGGCUUGAAGAGGAAACGCCUAGUGACAGCCUGCAAGCAAUACAGAAACAGCCCUCCAUUAAGUCCGGGGAGGGGUCAACCCAAAGCACUAAACGAUCUUCGGCGAAGAAGGAAACACUGGCGAGUCAAACUGCGUUUAAAUUUCCCACUAAGCAAGAGGCUACCGAGUGGGUCAGCGGAGUUAGAGGACAUUUGGUCGAGUUUCCCCUCGAUUGGAUGCUUACAGAAGACGAGAACAAAAAGUGGCUUUUUGGUUUCGACAAAAUUCCUCCAUUGGAUAUUUAUGACUAAAUGCAUUUCAUCAUUCAUUAUAAAGUUUUUGAAACCAGCUUUUUGGGAUGGGGAUUUUGUUCAAGUCUCGUUUCAAAGGUUUGCGUUCACGGAGAGGAAUGUCUGCGAAUUUAAUCUUGUACUCCCUAGCUUUGUCGAUGAGCUUGUUGAAGGUAACAGCUAACGAC